AUGCAUACCCACCUACGCUUUUUAAAAAGAGUCUCUAAUGUUGCCUACUCCCAGGGACAGGAACAGGCAAAGAAGGAGAAGGUAUACCAGGAUGUGGCCCAGCUGAAGCCUCAAAUAAACCAUCUGUGCCGCCCCUGCCCCUGGGACUGGACACUCUUCCAAGGAAACUGUUACUUCUUCUCCAAGUUCCAACAGAACUGGAAGGACUCUGUCACCAGCUGCAGAAAACUGGGUGCUCAACUAGUGGUCAUCAAAAGCGACGAUGAGCAGAGCUUCCUGCAACAGACAUCUAAAGAGAAAGGCUAUGCCUGGAUGGGCCUGUCAGACCUGAAGCGUGAAGGCAUAUGGCACUGGGUGGACGGCUCACAUCUGCUCUUCAGUUUCACGAAAUAUUGGAACAAAGGAGAGCCCAACAACGAAUGGGAAGAAGACUGUGCGGAGUUCAGAGGCGAUGGCUGGAAUGAUGCCCCAUGUACAAAUACGAAAUACUGGAUCUGCAAGAAGUCUGCUCUGCCCUGCACUGGGAAAUGA